AAGCAGAGACGCUCCAGUGGCUGCGGUGCGCUUCCACGAACGGAGGCUUUGCGUGAAUCGUCUCUCGGACCACGGACGCUGUUAAACCAUACGCAGGAUAUUUUAGUUGCAUUUUUUCCCCCAGAAGUGGAAAUUGCAAAUGGGAAUCUUUGCUCUUCUUUGGAUUUGCUGCUCGCUGCAAAUUGGGACUUUUUGACGCGCUCUAAGUUGGCUCCUCCACUGUUUUCGUUGGCAGGAAUCUCGAAUGUGUUUGCAGAAGACGGCCGACUAAACUUUUUUUUUUUUUUUUUCCACAGUGGAUGGAUGUAGUGGCACCACGCAGCGGGUGAUAGUGGGGCUGUUGUGGCAAAGCCAGUUGGUGCGAUGUGGCCGAUGUGUUUGAAAGCAUUCAGUGCCGAGGUCAGGACUCUGGCUUCACCCAGACGCACUUAGUAAGAAGGAAGAUCUGUGUGCAUUGUAAGUGUCGCCGGGAGGAGCAUGCAGUGACCACCAUGCCUGUGGAAAUGGAGAAGACGGUCACCAAGCUGAUGUACGACUUCCAGAGGAACUCGACUUCAGACGAUGACUCUGGAUGCGCCCUGGAGGAGUAUGCCUGGGUGCCACCAGGACUCAAACCUGAACAGGUCCAUCAGUACUACAGCUCCCUCCCUGAGGACAAGGUGCCCUAUGUUAACAGCCCGGGAGAGAAAUACCGCAUCAAACAGCUCCUCCAUCAGCUGCCGCCCCACGACAAUGAGGUGCGCUAUUGCAACAGUUUGGACGACGAGGAGAAACGAGAGCUUAAGCUCUUCAGCAACCAACGAAAACGGGAAAACCUCGGGCGUGGCAACGUCCGGCCUUUCCCCGUGACCAUGACGGGAGCCAUCUGCGAACAGUGCGGCAACCAGAUCAACGGCGGCGACAUCGCAGUGUUUGCAUCUCGCGCCGGCCACGCCUUGUGUUGGCACCCGGCUUGCUUCGUGUGCAGCAUGUGCAACGAGCUCCUGGUGGACCUCAUCUACUUUUAUCAGGACGGGAAGAUCUACUGCGGCCGGCACCACGCCGAGAGGCUGAAGCCGCGCUGCACAGCUUGUGAUGAGAUCAUCUUGGCGGACGAGUGCACCGAGGCCGAAGGCCGUCACUGGCACAUGAAGCACUUCUGCUGUUUCGAGUGUGAGACGGUGCUCGGGGGCCAGCGCUACAUCAUGAAGGAUGGAAGGCCGUACUGUUGCUCCUGCUUUGAAUCCCUCUACGCCGAGUACUGUGAUUCCUGCGGAGAGCAUAUUGGCAUUGACCAAGGCCAGAUGACGUACGACGGGCAGCACUGGCACGCUUCCGAGGGUUGCUUUUGUUGUGCCCGCUGCAAGCGCUCCCUGCUGGGUCGACCCUUCCUGCCCAAGCAAGGGCAAAUCUUCUGCUCCCGUUCUUGCAGUCUGGGCGAGGAGCCCAACGGCUCGGACUCCUCGGAUUCUGCCUUUCAGAGCGCUCGCUCCACCAGAGAGUCCAGACGCAGCUCCAAGGCAGCAAAAAGUGGCGGCGGAGGGCAAACGGAGGCGAUAUCGGGCGAGGUGGACCCGUUGUCAUUACAAAUGGACCUACUGAGUCUCUCGAGUCAAACCCCCAGUUUGACACGUGAGCCACCUGCCUGGCAGAACCAGAAGCAAGUCGUGGAUGGCUACAAAUUGGAUUCCCAAGCUGAAUCGACGGCUAACCCCACCCCUCUGCAGCUCCUCAGCCAGUGCAAUGUCAGAACGUCCUGUAACCCACCAUGCCCUGGGCAGAAUAAUCAACAGCAGGACCACAGGGUCAAAGAGACCGGUGGCCCAAAGAGACCGCCUAUCUCGGCUCUGAAAGGUCACUCUCUAAACGAGAUGUGGUUCCAACAGCCAGCUCCAGAUGAUUUCUAUGGCCCAAAGCUAAGGACCCAGAUGAGUUUCCCUGAGGUAUCUCAGCAGUCCCAGCACAACGGCGGCUUCUCCGCGGACAAGCGCUCCAUCAGUCUGCACGGCUUCCAGAGGGACCGAGAUGUUGGUCCUCCACCAGCCAGCCAAGUGGCCAGAAGCAGGAACCCCAUCAACGCACUUAACUUUACCGAGCAACUGACACCUCUCGAGCAGACCCCGAGGGGAUCCAUGGAGUGCUUGGCCAUAUCCAACACGACAGGCCAAUCUGCCGAAGGAGGAGGGAAGCGGCAAGAACACCUGUCGCGUUUCUCCAUGCCUGAUCUGAGCAAAGACCCUGGAAUGAACGUCUCGGAGAAAACCCUUAACUCCUCGGUUCAAUUUCAGAGCUCUGACUCCCUUCACGGUGUCAACGGUGGUCAGCCCUACAUGGAAAUCAAUCCCUCCAGGUCUUCUCAGUACCAGUUGCAGUAUUGUGAUCCCUCUGGUUCAGGGGUGGGCAGGAGCUCCGCUCAUUUACCUCCUGGAUUCACCUACCAGGAGGAAGACAGAACGAGUCUGGUGAGCAGCGCCAACGCUGCCCGCCUGCCACCCAUAAGUGAGCGCAGGGUAAGCGGUGUGAGAGGAGCAAGCGUCAGGAUUGAAGUGCCGGAGGAAACUCCUCAGAGACGGAGGCACCACCACCACCACCGCUCCAGAAGAUCCCAACGUUCUCGCUCAGAAAACGCUCUCAACUUGGUUGCCGAGCGCAGGGUGAGACCUCAGGAAAGACCGCAGCUUCACGUUCGAGAGGAUUACGACCGCUUUCCUCCCCCGAGGAGCGCCAGAGAGCACUUUGGAGUCAUGGGAGGAGGGAGAUACCAACCUCAACUGUUUCGGCAGUGCCCCAGGACCACGUCAGACUUAUCGCUCCAGAACCCAGGAGCCGGGCGACGCACGGGCUUGAAUCAGUACUCCUGGGACGACUAUGACGACGACUGGUGCUCCACUUGCUCGUCGUCAUCGGAGUCAGAGGACGAAGGUUACUUCCUGGGGGAGCCCAUCCCCCGACCCCUCCAGAUGCGCUACCUCAGCAAUCAGGAGCUGGUCCACAAGUACAGCAGCGGGAUGGGAGGGACCAACCGCGGUGCGCAGCUGAGUACGCACAAACGGCGGAAAAGCAAGAACUGCAUUAUUUCCUAACGUUUUGCUUUGUGCCGCAGCUUGAGUCGAGUCUGGAGAACAGAUGGACAAAGUUCAUUUAUAGUCUGCUUGAGCAAUAGGCAGUAGCAAACUGCAGUCGUGAAGCGUGAAACACAGCAUUGUUUGUCGUUGUAUUAAUCAGAUUGCUCAACAUUUUGCGAUAAAAUACGAAGCAU